GCAGUGCCACAUCAGCAGCAGGGAGUACCACGUCAGCAGGCCCCCGGCCUAGUCUAUGACCAGAAGUCCGGGGAAACGGACGAGGCCUAUCAGGCCCGGAUGCUGUUUCUGAUUACCGAAGGUAAGCAACGGUCGGAUGCAGUAGCAGCCGCAGCAAAGAAGAAGGCAGAGGACACCGAGAAGGCACGUCUGCUGGCAAUUGAACAGCAGCGCCAGCACGACGAGGCAGCAGCAAAGGCUGCCGAUGAAGAACGAGGUCAUCCUCGCGAAAAGAUAUUCAGCGGAGAGCAAGCUUUGCUCACAAUGGCAGCGGAUUGGCGGGCCGAGGCCAAGAACGGCAAGAUGGAAGACAGUGAAAACAAUAUCGCUCUACUCCUCUCCCAUCUCACGGAUCUCCUGGCAACAUGCAUUACACAGCAGGAGGACAUCCACAGCCUCGACGACGCGUUGACUCAGGUCCACAGCCGCCUCUGGCAUCUGGAGCAGCGACCCGUCACCGCCCCCGAUGCCAGCUCUUCCAACACCUCCGAUCGCCUCGAGGCAUUGGAGAUUGACGUCGGCUCCCUCGAGGACGGCGUGCAGUUACAGCAAACUGCAACGCAACAGUUGGAGCAGCGGGUCUGUACUACCGCCAACCACUCGAGCUCAGAACCGCGCGAUGACAACUCCAAAGUUCGAUGGGCAGGAGAUCUUCUGCGACUUGAUGAAGACAGACCCGAUUCCAUGGUUCCGCAAGUUCGAGCUCACGUUGCAGCUACACUAUGUCAAAGAACACAAGCACCACAGAUUAUUGUCACGAACAAGGAGGCCAAGAAUCUCCCGCGUUCGUCUGCGCCAGGCUUGGGCAGAGAUCAGCAUCGACCGAAAGUGGCCGUGGUCACGGCGGCAACACCAAACGACCAAACUAGCGAGGCUAUGUCUGCCAAUGAAGGGGACAGACUCGCAGCCGCCCGAGAAGGUGGCCGAACCGACAAAGGCCGAGGACGCAGUAAGGCGAAGACAAACACCGCAUCUAGCCCUGGGCCAGGCGCAGCUGCUCCAGCCCCAUGGUCCCAGUACGGUAUCUCCGAGCAAGCAUACAAGGCAUGCAUAUGUCCGAGCAAGCAUACAAGGCACGCACGAGAUUCUGCUAUUGUCUUUGUUGUAACAGCGAUCUCCACGACACAAUGGCCUGCCAGACAAAAGGCAAGGGCAAAUCGGGAAACUAAGCACCGCCGGGAGCGGCUCGACGACAUUCUCGACGCCUUCGGAACCGGUAACCUUUAUGUCCGCAUCCAAGUUGGGCAAGCGUCCUUCAACGCUUUGUUGGAUAGCGGCGCGUCUCGCAAUUUUAUGAGUCAAGCCUUUAUGCAAAAGGCUGGCCUUGGUGCACAAGCUAGAAGGAAGGCAAACCCGACGGCGAUCAAGUUGGCGAACGGAAGGAGGCAGCAUUUUAUUGACCGCUACAUCGAGGUCGUACCGGUGUAUUUCGCACCUCAUGCAUGCCAACCGGUGACGUUCGACAUUUUGGACACGGACUUCAACAUUAUUUUGGGAAUGCCUUGGCUUGCAAGUGCGGAUCACACGGUCAACUUCCACCGGCGGACUCUUACCAUUCACAACGCCUUCGACGCCGAAGUGUCGUGUACUAUUCCUCUUCCGUACCCUCCGAUUCGAUGCCAAGUGAUGAUGGCAGAGUCAUUCCGGGCUACUUGUGCUUACGAGCAGCCUGACGAAAUCGGCCUAUGUUUCCUACGGACUGUCGCGGUAGCCGACUCUUCACCCACGGACUUGUCUUCGAACCCCUGUGUGGUGUGGUUGCUUGAUGAGCUCGCCGACAUCUUCGAGUCACCUACCGGUGUGGCGCCGGAUCGGCCGACCUCUCACGAGAUCAUUCUGGAGGCCGGUGCAGUGUCGCUGAAAGGUUGCAUUUACCGCAUGAGCGAGGAGGAGCUUACGGUCCUCGGCGCGCAACUUGAUGAUUUGUUGGACAAGGGUUGGAUCCGCCCUAGUAGCUCUCCAUACGGAGCGCCAGUUCUCUUCGUACGGAAGAAGAACAAAGAUCUACGAUUGUGCUUCGACUACCACAAACUCAACGCGCAAACCGUCAGGAAUGCAGGGCCUCUUCCUCGCAUCGACGAUCCUCUUGAGCGAUUGGGCGACGCAAAGUAUUUUUCUAAGUUGGAUUUGAAAUCGGGAUAUCAUCAAAUCUCGAUCCGACCAAACGAUCGUUACAAAUCCGCGUUCAAAACGCGGUAUGGGCAUUUUGAAUGGAUGGUCAUGCCUUUUGGCCUCACCAACGCCCUGGUGACCUUUCAAGCGGCAAUGAACAACGAGUUUCGUGCAAUGUUGGACCGGUUCGGCAUCAGUCCGCUAUCGGACAAGAUUCAAGCCAUCCAAGAGUGGUCGGAGCCACAGAACGUCACGGAUGUCCGUUUGUUCCUUGGCCUCGCCGGUUACUACCAGCGUUUUAUCGAGGGCAACUCGAAGAUCGCGGCCCACUUGACCAAGCUUCAAUGCGAGGAUCGGCCGUUUGACUUCGGAGAGGAUGCGCGGGAAUCAUUUUUGGCUCUCAAAGCCGCGGCAUUAUCUGCGAAGGUCUUGCACAUAUAUGACCCGCUUUUGCCUAUGCGCGUCACUACGGAUGCGUCUGGCUAUGGCAUUGGUGCUGUCCUCGAGCAACACGAUGGCGUGGACUAGCACCCGGUCGAGUGUUUCAACAAGAAAGUGCCCGUCGUGCACUCCAUUGA